UGUGCCUCUACCAUGAGCAGCCGGUGGUGUCACUCAACUACUGUGAAGAUCAACUACAGUGUAUCAUUCAAUCCCCGCUCUUACCUCACUACUACCUAGGAUACAUUGUAAAGACAUAUUUUUCUGAUGAUCAGCCAUGGAUGAAGAUGACAGCCAAGAUGAGCUGAUCAACCGUUCUUCCAAUAGCAAAGGGAAAAGAGCUGCAGCAUGGGCCAUCUCAGAUGAUUCUGAUGAAGCUCGUUCGGAUGAGGAGGUAGAAUCACAGAGUGGGGAGGAGGAUGAAACCUUAGAUGAGGAAGAUGAAGAAGACGAGGAUGAAGAUGAGGACGAUGAGGAGGAAGAUGAUGAAGUUGUGCCUAAGGAGGAAGGGGCAUGUGCAGGGACAUCAGCGGAUGCAGAAGGGAGCUCAGAUGAGGAGGCUGAGAAAUGUCCCAUCUGCCUCCAUUCAUUUAACAGACAACCUGUGGCCACACCAGAGAACUGUGAGCACUACUUCUGCCUUGACUGCAUCCUUGAAUGGUCCAAGAACGCAAACUCUUGUCCAAUAGACCGGACUAACUUCAAAGUUAUAUAUCUCAGAACAUGCUUUGGAGGCAAGGUGCAAAAAGUGAUCACUGUACAAAAGCCUGCAAAACAGUGUGAGCAGGACACUGUAGAUGUGAACCUAGAGGAAACAAGCUGUGAAGUGUGUGGAGGAAGUGACCGGGAAGACCGCCUUUUGCUCUGUGACGGCUGUGACGCAGGAUAUCACAUGGAAUGCCUUACACCACCACUUGAUGCUGUUCCAGUUGAAGAAUGGUUUUGCCCAGAAUGUGAAGCCAACAACCACCAAUCAAGGGUUUCAGCUACAGAAACAAGUGACACAGACAGCCUUCCUUCCACUGCACGCCAUGGCUCUCGCCGCUCUCGCUCCCAAGUGGGCCAGACCCGAGCUAUCGCCCGCACCCAGCACAGUGAGAGAGUCCGGGCCAAUGUUAAUCGCCAUCGGAUCACCCAGGCACGCACUCAGGAGUUGGCUCCUACAUAUCUGAUCCGAUCCACUUGGCUGGAUGAAACUAUAAAUGCUGUGGUGGCAGGUCUAAACACUGCAGUGUAUGUACGAGAUUUAACCUCACGACCUUCAUCAACCCGUCGCCGUAAAAGCAGGAAAGUAAAUGGCAGAAAAACCUCCUCAAAAAGUAAAAAGGGCAAAGCAUCCAGUAUGGGGGGCAAGAGACGAAAACGGAGAGUGAAAAGGAGAAAAUCCAGGAAGAAUCUGGUGAUGAAAAAGACGCCCACCCCUCGGAGUCGUAUUGCUAACAGUCUUGGCAUUGUGAAGGAAAGGAAGAGCUCAUCCCUUCCAACUGUUUACAGACCAUCUGAGAGCACUCUGAGCAGCAUGAGGGCAGACAUUGGCGCAGCAUCUCUGUCCAUCUAUGGGGAUCCAUUUGACCUUGACCCUUUUACUGACCGUGAGGAUGAGGAAGAGCAGACCAACGACUCUGCUCUGUUCGAAGCCAAGAGACGAGGGAUCUCACGCUCUGCCUUCCGCUCUCAUCAGCCAGUGGCACGGCCAGUUAGUCUCUCCAGAAGGCCUGUGAGCAUCCCACAAACGAGCAGUGUUGUUGAAGCAGCUCCUGUACCUGAUCUGUUGGGGAGCAUACUCUCUGGCCAAAGCAUGCUUUUAAUGGACAGUUCCGAUGUGGUCAUAAAUCGUGAUGGUUCACUUAAAGCUUCAAAACCAAUGAGUUUGACAAACACUAUAAGGCCAGGCAGCAGCAGAAGCAGUAGCUCUGGAGAUGGUGGCUCACAGACCACAGACAUGGACAGACUGGGAUCUUCUGAAAGCCCCAUAAAUACACAUUUUUCUCAGAGCUCUUCUACUUUAUCUCCACCUCUAGGCUCUCCACUAACCCCUACUGAAAUGUCUUAUCCCCAUGUCCCACCAAGAAGUAGUGCUUUUUCACAUGAGGUGAACAGGUCAAAUCAGAGGUUGGGCCACUCGAUAACAAAUGGAGUAAGAGAAUGUAGAGACAGUAGUUCUUCAGAAAGCAAAGUUGUCUCCCAGGCUCAUUCACUUAAGGCACCUACAAAACCUAUGUGGUUGGAUGUGUCCGUGCUCCCCAGAAUACCAAAAAUCAAAAGGGAGGGCAGUGUCAGUGCUUCUGUGAAAACUGAUGGUAAUACAAGUAGAAUGAAUGGAAGUUCAAACGGGAGCAGCUAUGGCAUACCUGAGACUGGCAUAAACAGACUGGCUGGGGACAAAGAGCGGCAUCAUUCUGUGGAUCAGCAGCAUGGCAGGACAGAUGGUCCGAGGAGCAGACCUGAUGGAGCAGGUUCUUCCUCAGGCUUCUCCAGCUCUUUCUCCUCUUCCUCACCUGCCUCACACACCAACCAUCAGAGAUUCUCUUCAGGAGGUUCAUCGUCAUCAUCCUCUUCUGUAAGUUUCCGCAUUAGCUCCAGUGGCAAUUCGUGGCAUUCUAGACGAUUAAAUAUUGCGUCACUAACUCCAAGUGGAUCUAGCCUACAAGAACAUUGUUCAAAAAAAGAUGAAGAAGAAAAAAAGAGACAAUUACGACGGGAUAAGCAGAAGCUGCUUGCAUCACGUUCCAAAGACAGUAAUAAUAUUUAUGAUCCUUUUAAUCCCACUGAAUCAGAUUCAGGCAGCUCAGAUGGCGAAAGUGAGGGUGUACAUACAGAGUGUAGCUCUCGACUUAAACCAGAGCCAGCCAAUUUAAAAAAGAAAGUUGUGUCACGAAGUAGGUGGGAUCUAAAACAAGGAAAAGAUGAAACACAGCGUCCACAUUCACAAGCUAAACCAGCUCCCACAACUGCUCAGGAAUCAUGCACAGAGCAACUAAAGGGCACUGAAGACAAUGUCACAUUUAAAAAAGGCUCUAUAUUCUCUCAUAUUGAGAUGCCGACUCCAUCUGACACUACUAUAAAGAAAGAACCAGAGUCUGAUACAGAUACUGUAAAACGUGUCUUUGAAUCAGAAACGGAUGAUGACACUCAACCAGUGGAGCAAAAAUUAAGUAUUAUCAAAACUGAGGAGACUGACAUAGAAGGUCCAACCCCUGAACCCCCUACUGAGCUUUGUGAUGACAGAGCCUCAGCUACAUCCAACUCCAGUCCUGUUAAAAAAUCAGAAAAGAUGGAAAUUAAGGACGAUUCACACAACAAGAACCAAACAAAAGAAUCAGUCAGUGACAAAAGCACCUCCAAGAAAAAAGAACCCUCUAAAGAUCAGCGGGCGCGGUCCAGCAGCCCAGACCGGGCAAAGAAACAAGCUAGCCCUGAACACGACCGGAGACAUGUCCUCACUGAGGCCAAACACGAAGGAGGUGAAAGGGAAAAAGACAAAGACAAAGCAAAAUCUUCCAGGCGCUCUCGGUCAAAGGAGAGAAGAAGAACACACAGAACCUCUGAAAGCUCCUCCUCCAAAUCCCCAGACAAGGCCUCCAAAAAGAGAAGACGCUCACGAUCACGCUCCAAAGACAAGAGGAGAUCCAGGUCAUAUUCUACCUCCAGCAGCCGGGAGCGAUCAAAGACAAAGAAAUAUAAAAGGCGAAGCAAAGAAAGAAAUGAGGAUAAAGAUGUGAAAAGACGCUCUUCAAAAGAUAAGAGGCGUGACCGAUCUCGCUCCAAGUCUCGCUCCAAAUCUCGCUCUAGAUCCAGGUCAAGAGAGAGGAGACGCGCUCGCUCCAAGUCCCGAUCUAGAAGUCGAUCGCGGUCCAGAGACAGGAGGAAGAAUGAGUCUCGCCAUCACUCAUCCAGAGACAAGGUGGACUCCCGUUCAAAAGAUAAGAAAAGGCACAGGUCCCGGUCCAGUUCCAGAGAGAGAAAGAAGACCAGAGAAGACCUGCCUACAGUCAAACAAAAAACAGCUGAUACCAGUAGAUCAACUGAUAAGGACAAAAAGCCAUUAAAAGACAAGAGAAAAGAUGAAACUUCCACAGCCAAAUCAGAAAAAUCUGGAAAAUCUGAAAAAGCCGAAAAAGCUGAAAAAAAUGAAAGGAGAAAAGAUGAAACUUCCACAGCCAAAUCGGAAAAAUCUGGAAAAUCUGAAAAAGCCGAAAAUGCUGAAAAAGCAGAAAAGAGAAAAGAUGAAACUUCCACAGCCAAAUCAGAAAAAUCUGGAAAAUCUGAAAAAGCCGAAAACACAGAAAAAGCCGAAAAUGCCGAAAAAGCAUCUAGAACGAACAAACCAGGCUCUUCAUCCUCUAUUUCUUGUUCUGUGGUUAAGAAAGACGCAACAGAGAUGAAAGUAGAAGAGAAUCCCCUUGAAGCUGUUGACAAAAAGGAUAAAAUAAAAAAAGAAAUCAAAAAGGAAAAAUGUGCAGUGCUUGAUAUGUUUGAAGGUAGUCCAACCAGCAGCAUUAUUAAACAGGAGCAUGUUGACACCCCUGUUUCAGCAGGUGAAGAUAAAAAUGGGGAAGACAUGCAUAGUAUUAAGAUUGAAGAGUGCCAGUCGGAUAAACCAGAAGCAAAAUCCCCUGAGGAGAAGCCCAUUGUUUUAGAUUUUAGCAUUGAUGAUGACAUACAUGCUACUACUGUGUCCACUCCUCCACAGGACCCACCAGAUCAAAGUACUGAGGGUCCAUUCCUUUCUAUAAAGCAAGAAGCAGUUCACGCAUCCUCCGACUCUGAUGAUGACUUUAAUGUGGACAUAAUGUUAGACAACCUGGACCUGGUCAAAUCCAAGUGUGAAGAGUCAACUGAAGCUACUGUCAAACAGGAAAAAGAUGAGAAGAGCGAGGGAGAGCCAGCUGCUGCAGCGGGCAAGGCCAAAGCACAAGUGAAAAGAGUCACAUGGAACAUAGAGGAGCCUGUGAGGCCUCAGCCUGACAAGUCAGCAAGCAAGGUGGCUUUGUACAAGCUAAAACUCAAGCAGGAGGGAAUUCGCAGACCUUCAGCAUCCACGUCCUCUCAGGACCUAACCGGAACUAGUGUAGGUGAUGCAACGAAGAGUGCAGACCCAGAAAGGUCCUCAGGAUCUGACAGUUCACAGGGACCUUCUGCCUCAGCACAGGGGCAGGGCGACGAUGGGGAUAUACUCAAGAAAGACAAGACCUACUUAAAGAAGCUUCACAUGCAAGAGAGAGCUAUUGAGGAGGUGAAGCUGGCCAUCAAGCCUUUUUACCAGAAAAGAGACAUUAACAAGGACGAGUACAAAGAGAUUCUACGUAAAGCUGUGCAGAAGGUAUGUCACAGUAAGAGUGGAGAGAUCAACCCGGUGAAGGUGGGCAAUCUAGUUAAAGCUUAUGUGGACAAAUACAAACAUGCUAGAAAAUACAAGAAAGGAGAUGAACCAGGUAAAUCACAGGAACUUAUACGAACUGACAGCCCAUGAUGAUAAGAAACUGUCCAUUUGGCAAAAUUGGACAGGUCACAUUGGAUUAUUUGGGGACAUAGUUUGAACAAAUAAAGUGUCUUUAGAGAUUUGAUGCUGGGAUUGUUGCUGCCAAGAGCUGGAGCAUUGCAGCUAAAUUUCUAGUGUCUUAAAGAGGCACGUUUUUACUGAUGUAUUCAUUAUGUUUGAAAGAGGACAUUGGAGGCUCUGGUGUUCUGUGUUGUUUUGUGGAAGGGGGAGGGUAUUUAUCAGAGGAAAAGUUUGUGUAGAAAAUAAAACCUGUCUAAUUGUCAAUAAUAAGAGGAAACAUUAAGGAACUAAAGUAAUAUGCAACUUUUGUAGAAAAUGGAUCAUCAUCAGGAAAUACAGUUUUAGACUUGUUUGUAAAUACUAUAGAUUUGAUUAAUUAUGUUCCAUUGUCACUCGACUACAGCAAAUGACAGUAAGUACUGGUAGGUUUGACUAACUCACAGAUAUGUUUUCUGUUGCUCGCUUGUCUUCCUCAUUUGCCAAACAUCUGUCUAUUGGGAGAAGACUAACUCCUCCCUUUAUUCAUACAAGACUGACACCCACUAUCACAUUCUUUCCAAGAGUGGCUUUUUGUACGAGGUUGCCGUCAUAGAUUUUUUUUCUUUUUGCCGUACAAUUAUAAAUCGAAACAGAAAUCUACACAAAAUGGGUAACAUUUCAAUUUUAUAAACGACAAUGAUCGUUAAAUGCUACUUUUCAAAUUGUGGUUCUGAGAUUCUGUGUAUUUUUAUUUGAUAAAUAUUUCAAAUGUGGUUUAUAAGGAAUCACUAUUCCUCAUAUGACCCAAAUAUGCAUUAAUUUUGCAUUCAACUGAACCGUUUACUUUCUAACCCUGGGUACAAAUGGUUGGUCACAGGAGCUAAAGUUUAUCCUGUGGCUUCAGUGUCUAAAUGUUUUAUUUACAUAAAAUGGUGAAUCUGAUUUUAAAAUGUGUAUGCCAUGAAAGGCUGUGAUAAAAUGACUCAUUCCUACAUUUGGGAUCAUUUCAUAUCAAAUGCAGUAGACAAGUCUCCUGGUCUCAUGUGCACUUCACAGCCUUGUUCUGACAUAACUGUGGAUCUUUUUUGUUUAUUAUUUGUAAAUAUUGUGACAUAAUGGCCAGGUGAGUGAUGAGCGCUUGAUUUAUGCAUUGUAAAGUUUUAUUAGAGCGAAAGCAAAACAUUGGUUUAAAUUAUCUAUUAAAAGGCACUCCUGUUAGUCAGAAUGUAUUUACUUUUUUCAAUUUGUUUUUGUUGUGUUUUGUAGAAGUGUUAACAAUAA